AAAACAAGUGUUUUCUAAGUGGCUUUUAUUUUGAAGUACAGAACUUCCGGUAGGCAGGGUUGCUGUUUUCUUCUACACAGCUCAGACUUCACUGUUUCUGUUAUGGACUGACAGAUACGAGGCCUGUGAAACUAACAUCUUCUCGAUCUUAGUAACACCACCCCUGUCUGGACAGAUAGUGGCGGGGAUGCGGCAUCGACAUGGGAAAUCUUUUCGGGAAAAAGAAAGCGACUCGGGUGACCGAGCAAGACAGAGCUGUGCUGCAACUGAAGCAGCAGAGAGAUAAACUGAAGCAGUAUCAGAAGAAGAUCACACUUCAGAUGGAGAAAGAACGACAGCUUGCCAAACAGUUAUUAAAAGAUGGAAAGAAAGAGAAAGCACUCCUACUCCUCAAGAAGAAGCGCUACCAGGAUCAGUUACUGGACAAAACUGAAAAUCAGAUAAGCAACCUGGAGCGAAUGGUACAAGAUAUUGAAUUUGCACAAAUAGAGAUGAAAGUCAUCGAAGGACUGAAAGUUGGAAACGAUUGCCUGAAGAAAAUGCAUGAGGUGCUGUCCAUAGAGGAGGUGGAGAAGAUCAUGGAUGAAACGCAUGACGCCAUUGAGUAUCAGAAGCAAAUUGAUGAGAUGCUGGCGGGAUCUCUGACCCAGGAGGAUGAGGAGGCUGUGCUAGCAGAGCUGGAGGCCAUCACUCAGGGAGAAGCUGACCUUGAACUUCCUGAGGUGCCUGAAGAAGAGCUACCAGAGGUUCCAGAGCAAGAGCCAGUGCGGGAGAAGGUAAAAAAGAAGCCAGAGCGAGAGAUGUUGGCAGUGUAAAUACAAAUCUGUCAUACCUCCAUGUCUGCUCUCGAGCCGUUCCACUGGAGACCCCAAGGGCUCAUCCCAAACAAAACUCUGGGGACUGGCAGACAGUCCUCCCCCUCGUACACGUUGAAGACCUACAACCAUGCCAUUUUUUUUAAAUUGUAUAUACACUGCAUAUUGUAUACCAUUUAGUUUAGGUGAAUAUUCUGAAAUACUCUUAACAGUGCCUGGUCUUUCUAAUCACCCUACAGUUUUGUCUGAUCUAUCAUAUAUCAAAGGCGGAUCAUGUCAAUGCCUGUACAUUUCUAAUGCAUGCAUGCAUCACUUUUAUUAUAUUGGUCUCUGUUUAAAAUCAUUCCCAAACAGUAGUGUUUUAAAUACACCAUGUUUUGUCAUAUACGACACAAAACUGAAUCAUUUAAUCAUUAUGACAAAUUAUGAAGUCCAGUAUAAACUUGUACAAACUUUUCAGUGUGCUGAGAGAUGUCAUUAAAAACUUUAACUAUGACAA